AUGUCGGAUAUAUUCGUUGCAUUAGACUAAAAAACGAAGGAGAUAGAGUAACUUAAAUUAAGAGAAGCCAAGCUUAGAAGAGAUGCCUAGGCUGCUUUGACCUAUGUGAAGCAAAAGGUUCCAUUGCCUGAACUGAUGGAUAAAAUGCAUGAAAUCGAGUUAGUAUUUCCAAAGUUGGAAAGAAUUGAAAAAGAAUUCGAAACUCAGUGCAUUACAAUAGGCGAUAUAAAGCAGGUACUUCCUAAAUUCAUACAAGCCGAGGAAGUCAAGACAAUGGGGGAAAUAAUUAAACUGGACAUGAUAACAUAUGUGGAUGAAAAAUUCAAAUCAUUCAGGUCUGAAUGCUUUACAUAGAUUGACUAGAAGGUCUCCAUCACAGAUUAUCAAGAUAAAAUACAGUACUUGUUGAAUCGAAAAGAAUUCGAUAGGAUGAGUCAUAGGAUAACAACAUUUGAAGAUGAAAUGUGUAGAGUUAGAGAUGUACUUUAUAAUGGAUUUAAGAAAGAGGCUGAAUAUAUCCUCGAAAGUAAAAUGGAUAAGAGAGAUUUAGAAUCUUUUUUAAGCGAUAAAUACGAUGUCAAUUCAGGCAAAAAGAAUGAAGAAGAUAUUAAAAAGCUAAGGAACGUGAUUAAAUCCAUGGACAUGAUGAUUAGAGAGCUAUAAGAAAAUUAACGAAAACCCCUUGAAGAGCAUCAUGAAGAAGUAAUCAUAACCUAAAAUACUUAAUCAGACGGAGAGAACAAAUACAAGACAACUCAGCAGUAGAUCAAAGAAUUAAAAGAGCAAAUAUGCGACCUGAGAGAUAUGGUCUACAAUCACAAAGAUGAAUUGGAUGUUUUGAGAGAUAUGAAGCUAUUGCAAAACGCUGAAAAAAUUGCAAGAACAUUAAAAGAUGCUGAAGAUUUGACAUCUAAGCUUAAGGACAUUGUGAAGAAAUAUGAUUAGUUUUUGCUUUUUAUUGGCAACUACAACAAAUAAGUGGGAUCUUUCAAUAAUUAGAUGAAGGAUCUGGGCGAGAGAAUAUAAGACUUGUAAAAUCAAUUCAGUACGAAGAUAACAUUAAUGACUAAUGAGAAUGAUCGAUUAGGCAAAAGAGUACUUUAUCUGGAGCGGGAAUAAGGAGCAAUGCAUUAGGAUUUGGAAUCGCAUAAAAUCUUUAAAAGGAAAUAGGUUGAUCAUAUGGUUAAUGAGCUUAAUGAACUAAGAGACUUUAAGACAUCUUUUCUAAAAAAAUGUGAAGUACUUGGGAUUAACAUAGAAGGUGGAUAAAAUUAUAUGAAUAAACAAUUCAACUUGAUUGAUAAGCAAAUUUAAGAGAUCAAGGAGCCUUUGAUGAGAGAGAUAAGGAAUGUCAAGAAGGAAAAUGAGAGUUUAUUGAACGAGAUCAAGAGAACUUAAAAUAUGAAUAGAGAGAUUAUAAGUGACUAUUUUAAACUUAUGGACACUAAAAUUAAAGGAAACGAAGAGACAUUCAUAAGUAUAUUUAUUAGAUUAAUUUAACCUAUAGCUCAGCUAUAAUAGCACUAAGAAGAUUUUAUGAAGAACACUGCAAGAAGAAAAUUAGCUAGUUCAAUCCUUAAUCCUCAAAGUUAAAAUCAAGAUUAAUCUCAGCUUCAAAGCUCUCGAGUCCCUGAGCAUAACUCUUCUCUGCUAUUGGCAAGAAAUUCACCAUAAACAUCAAUGAGCAACCGAACUAAAAUGGGUUUUUCAUUUGCAACUAACAUGCAUAAUGCUGCAACUUCAAACAGGAAGAGAGCAGGGACAUCGAUCUAGGAAUCAAGGAAUAUGAUGCAUUCCUCGAACAUAAUGACAAGGAGAAAUAAAAAUCAUGGAAAUCAAAACGCAUAAGGAUAAUCUUAAGAUUCAACAGAGAGGAAGAGUUAACUGCUUGACUUCAGUGUAAUGAGUAGUUUAAAUCAAAAUGUGAAGAAUACUAGCGAAGCUCACUAAGUUUCAGUUAAUAAGCAUGAUGCACUAAAGCAGUAUACUAAUUUCCCUACAAAUGCAAGAGAUACCAGGAAUAAGGAAUAUCUGGACAAAAAGCACUUAAGGAAAAAAACAUUUGAAAGAGUGGCUCAUCAAAACAACUAACUGCUUAACUAAAGCAAUAUAGGUCCAAAGAAUCAGUCUUUGCUUCUUAAAAUUGAGGAUAACAAUUUUGGAAUGAAUGUCAACUUAGCCUAGUUUCAACAGAGUGCCUAUGUGUGGCCCAGUGAUAAGCAUCUUGCCAAUCACAAUAUUCCAAAGACUGCUUAGCAUAAUUCUAGAAGAAAUGUGAUGAAAGAUUUAAUUAACAGAUCGAAGAACUCAGAUCAUAUCUUGAAUAAUGGAUUAGUAAGUGAAGCUGAUGCUAUGAGUCAGGCAGAGUAUUUAAGCCAGAAAAUCAUUACUUAAACUCAUGAAAUUUCCUAUAAUCAAUAAAAAAUUGAUGAAGAACCUAAGGAAUGGGAUUUGAGUGAGAACCAGAGCAGCUAAAAAUUUAUAUAGACUCUAAAGUAAAUGAGACAUAAUAGAAAUCAGACUGAGGUUCAAAUGACAGACAUCAUAAAACCUAAUAAAAAGAGUCCAAAUAAGCAAAUUUAAUGUAAUUUUUUCUUUAUUUAAUCUAUAAUAGAAUAUGAAUUGAGAAGAUUCGGGCAUCUAUUCAGCAAGGACCAAUAACCCUGA